AUGACGGAUACGGCGGCCAAGAAAGAAGAGCAGGAAGCUGUCAAACCUUCCACGGCAGCUGCCCCUCCACCACCCGAGGUAGCAUCAGACCCCGAAGAAGACGAUCUCUCAGAUCUUGACGAUGUGCUCGAUGAAUUCGCAAAUACAAAACUAGAUGCCAAAGUCCCCACCGCCUCUUCCAUAGCAGCCGCCUACCCCAGCGACGCCCCCGCCUCUUCCGGUCCCGGCAGGCCAGCCCAAGACAUAUCUCCCGCAGAGUUGCUACUCGAAGACCAAGAUGAGUUCCAGAAACAGCUACAGAAGGAGAUGGAAAAUCUCCUAGGACAGGGCGACUUCCAGAAGCAGUUUGAAGACAUCAUGAAGGAGAUGAGCGAAGAAAUGGGCGGCGCAAACCCUCUCGCAGUACCCGGACACGGCCACUCCGACGCGUCCAAACCCGAAGGAACAAAUACAGCAAAAGCAAGCGCAGGCCCCUCAGCCGAGAAAGAGACUUCCGCAAAAGCAGAAAAGUCGUUCCAAGAAACCAUCAAGAAAACAAUGGAGCGCAUGCAAUCAUCAUCCGACACCGCAACCUCCGCCGCAGCCUCCUCCUCGCAAGACGACAUCCUCGCCCAAAUGCUCGCAUCCAUGGAAUCCGGUGGCUUUGGCGGCGGCGAAGGUGGCGAGGAAGACUUCUCAAAGGUACUAAUGGGCAUGAUGGAGCAGCUCACCAACAAGGAUAUCCUGUACGAGCCCAUGAAGGAGCUGGACGACAAGUUCCCUCAGUGGAUGGAGAAGAACAGGGAGAAGACGGAAAAGGAUGAUCUGAAGAGGUUUGAGGAGCAGCAGACGCUGGUUAGGGAGAUUGUGGGGCGGUUCGAGAGGAAGGGGUAUAGUGAUGAUAAUCCACAGGACAGAGAGUAUAUUGUGGAGCGGAUGCAGAAGAUGCAGGCUGCUGGAUCACCACCGCCGGACCUCGUUGGCGACAUGAAUGCCGCUCAAGAAGCGUUGCAGGAUAUGGACCAGGGUUGUCCGACACAGUGA